AUAAUCUUUAAACAGUCACCAUGCACACAUUGUACCUCUGAUUAUCCUCCUUAAACAUCCACCUCUACAGCGACAAACCGCUGGUCUGGCUGUUAUUGUUUUCCAGCACAAUGGACUCAGAGGAAGUUUGAAGGAAUUCCUGGCAUCCUGAGCCGAGCUCAGAGCAGAGGUCCCAGCAGCUAUUCCAUCACCGCUUGCACAGAGGAGGCUGUUCCUCAGCAGGGGCGGGACCAAACGGCCGACCUGCUCUAUAUCUGACCAGUGAGCUGGGAGGACGACUGCUGACUUGUUUCUUACCAGCUGACUCUGACUGCUAACCAGUGUGGAUUUGGAUAUUUGGCUUUGUAGGAACUUAAGGAAGUCUCAAAGUCCUGCUGAAGCCUGGGCCUGCAACCACAUACUGUAGGACUGUGUAUGUGCAUCUGAAGAUCUAAGGCUGCAGAAGGAAACUGCAAGACGAGAUGAAUAUUCAGGAGAAAAAGCAAAAUGGCUCCACAGAUGUCCACGGCCCUGUGGCUGGCAUAUUCCUGGAGAAGACGAAGGAGAAAAUAACCAUAUAUGAAGCCAUGAAAAAACGCCUUCUCAAGUCAGGAACAGCAUUAGCCCUACUUGAAGCUCAGGCUGCCACAGGGGGCAUUGUAGACCCCAUAAACAACAAAGUACUUCCGAUUGCAGCUGCUGUGAAGGAGGGAAUAGUUGGACCAGAGAUGAAAGAGAAACUUCUCCUAGCUGACAAAGCCAUCAGUGGCUACGUAGACCCCUACACCAACCAAACAAUAUCUGUAUACCAAGCUAUGCAAAAAGAUUUGGUUCCAAAAGAUUAUGGAUUGAGGCUGCUGGAAGCACAGGUGGCCACCAACGGUCUAUUUGAUCCUAUUGAGAAGAAAAAUAUUUCAGUUGAUUCAGCAAUUCAAAGGGGCUUGUAUGAGAAAGGUUUGCUGAACGACCAGAUGUCAGAGCUGAAGGUGUUCUACAAUCCAAGUUCUCAGGAAAUUCUGAACUACCAAAACCUCCUAAAGAAAUGUACCGUGGAGCCUGGCACAGGCUUAGUCCUCCUUCCUGUCUGCAUCGCCUUCAAAGGCCUGCGAAGAGGCAUUUCCUCCACUGAACUCCUUGAAUCAAAGAUCAUCAACAAAGAAACGUUUGACGACCUGCAGACGGGGAAAACCACAACACAGGAUGUGAUGCUGAUGGAAACUGUAAAAGAAUACCUGGAGGGAAAAGGCAGCAUUGCAGGAAUUGCUGUUCUCUCAACCAAUCAGAGAUUGAGCAUUUAUAAAGCCAUGAAAGACGGCAUACUUAUGCCAGGAACAGCAUUAGUUCUACUGGAGGCACAAGCUGCAACUGGAUUCAUGAUUGAUCCUGUACAAAAUAAAAAGUACACUGUGAACGAGGCCAUCAAAAACAAACUUAUUGGACCAGAAUAUCAUGCAAAGCUGACUUCUGCUGAGAGAGCGGUAACUGGAUACCAAGACCCAUACACAGGUGAAACAAUAUCCCUCUUUCAAGCACUGUCCAAAGACCUCAUGGUUAAGGAACAUGGAAUACGCCUACUUGAAGCUCAAAUUGCUACAGGUGGAAUAAUAGACCCAAUCAACAGUCACAGACUCCCAACAGAAGUGGCCUUCAAGAGAGGUUAUUUCAAUGGAGAAAUGAAAACCAUACUAGAAGAUGCAGGUGAUGACACCAAAGGAUUUUUUGACCCAAACACAGAGGAAAAUCUAACCUAUCUUCAGCUGAUGGAACGGUGCGUUACUGAUCCAGCCACUGGACUGUGCCUGCUCCCUCUGCGCGAUAAGUCCAUAAAAACAACUAUGCUGAAUUACAACUUCAUUGACUAUCAAACAAAAAUGUCUUUGAAAAAGGAGCAAGUAAAAGUGACAUGUGGGAAAUACAUGGGAAUGACAGUAUCUCUGUGGGAAUUGCUGAUGUCAGAAUACUUUGAUCUACAACAAAGGCAAGACAUCAUUCAAAAGUAUCGUGAAGGAAAGAUCGAUAUCAAGAUGAUCAUUACAACAGUUAUGGAAGUCAUCGAAAAGUCUGUGAAAACAACUAAAGUCCUCUUUGAAGGAAUCAGAGAAACUGUCACAGCCAAACAGCUUGUGGAGGCAGAUAUCAUCAGUCAAGAGGUGCUGGAAGAUCUAAACAAGGGGAAGAAAUCUGUGAAGGAUAUCACAGAGGAUGAAAAUGUAAAUGCUUACCUAAAGGGGAAAGACAGCAUUGCAGGUAUUGUUCUUCCGAAUUCUCAAAUCAUGACCAUCUACCAGGCCAGGCAGAAAGGUUUUCUGAUGCCUGGAACUGCUUUGAUUUUGCUUGAAGCACAGGCAGCAACAGGGUUCAUUAUUGACCCUAUUGGAAACCGAAGGUUUUCAGUGGACAAUGCUGUCAAAGCCAAUAUCGUAGGCGUUGAUGUCUGUCAAAAGCUGCGCUCAGCAGAGAAGGCAGUCACUGGAUACAGAAAUCCAUAUGAUGAUAAAAUAAUCUCCUUGUUUCAAGCCAUGCAAAAGGACCUCAUUGUAAAAGAUCAUGGAAUUCGACUGCUGGAGGCACAAAUUGCCACUGGUGGGAUUAUAGAUCCAGUGAACAGUCAUCGUAUUCCUGUCCAUGUGGCAUACAAGAGAGGGUACUUCAAUGAAGAAAUGAAUCAGGUCCUGAGUGACCCAAGUGAUGACACUAAAGGAUUCUUUGACCCCAAUACUCAAGAGAACCUGACAUAUCUGCAGCUCUUGGCCAGAUGUGUCACAGACCCCAGCACAGGACUGAGCCUCUUGCCACUCAAGGACAAAAGUCACAAAAUUAGAAUUGAUGACAAUUUAAGGGAAAAGUUCAAAACAGCAACAGUUACUGUUAGGUAUGGCAGGUUUAAGGAUAAGCACACAACUUUGUGGGAUCUAAUAAAUUCAGAGUAUUUGACUGAAGAGAAAAGACAAGAGUUUUUCAAGCUCUUCAAGUCAAGGAAAAUCACAAUUGAGCAACUUAUCAUCAUGAUUACAGAGAUAAUUGAGAGUAAGGAGAUGAAGCAGCAAAAAGAGCUGAGGUUUGAAAGUCUUAGAGGAGAAGUCUCUGCUGCAGAUCUCUUGGAUCUUAAAAUUGUGGAUAGAGAUACAUACAAAGGUUUGGUGGAGGGCAAGAUGACUGUCACUGAUGUCAUGGAACUGGGCAGCGUGAGAGCCUACCUUCAAGGCAAAAGUUGCGUAGCUGGGAUUAGCCUACAACCCUCCAAUCAGAAGCUUAGCAUCUAUGAAGCUCAGAGAAUUGGCAUUCUGACACCAGGCACUGCGCUCUGUCUACUCGAAGCACAGGCAGCCACAGGAUUCAUUGUUGAUCCUCAGAAAAACCAAAAACUUACCGUUGAACAAGCACUCAAACUGAGUGUUAUUGGGCCACAAAUGUAUGAAAAACUUUUGUCUGCAGAGAGAGCUGUCACUGGUUACACUGAUCCAUAUACUGGUCAAAAGAUCUCACUUUUCCAAGCCUUGAAGAAAGAUCUAAUUGUCAAGCAGCAUGGCAUCCGCUUACUUGAAGCCCAGAUUGCUACAGGUGGGAUCAUCGAUCCGUUGAAGUGUCUUCACUUACCCCUUGAGGUUGCAUACAGAAAAGGAUACUUUGAUGAAGAACUUAAUAAAAUCCUAACAGACCCAACAGAUGACACAAAGGGUUUUUUUGACCCAGAGACACAAAACAAUUUAACAUACCUGGAAAUGUUGGGCAAAUGUGUAAAAGAUGAGGAAACAGGACUGUUUCUCCUACCACUGAAUGACAAACAAAAAGCUGCAGCAGCAAAGAUUAAAUCUGACGCGGAAAUACAGCAAGAGUUUGAAAAGAUAGCUGUAAAUAUAACAGUAGGCCGCUACUCAGGUAAAUCAGUUACUCUGUGGGAGUUGAUUCACUCUUGGUACUUCACAGAAGAUGAACAGCAUGAAUUCAUGGAAAAAUACAGAACUAAUAAAAUUACCAGACAAACCAUAAUCACAAAAGUGGUUUCGACCAUUGAAAAACUUGAGAAGUGUGAAACUCCCAAAACGAUAAUGGGCCUAAGAAAUCCAGUCUCUGCGCAACAGCUUCUGGAUUCUGAUAUCAUUGAUGAUGCUACAUUCAAACAAGUGAAGGAAGGGAGGCUCACUCUUGAAGAAGUGGCCAAACGUGAAUCUGUAAGGGGAUAUAUGAAGGGAACAAGUAGUAUCGCUGGAAUUAAGCGUUACCCAUCCCAGAAAGUUAUAAGCCUAUACGAAGCAAGCAAACAAGGUCUAAUUACACCUGGACUUGCACUCCUUUUGCUUGAAGCACAGGCUGCAACAGGAUGGGUCAUUGAUCCUCUCAAUAACAAGUUUUACGUUGUUGACGAGGCAGCCAGAGAGAAAGUCAUUGGGCCAGAUGUGCAUGAGCAACUUCUUUCAGCUGAAAGAGCUGUCACUGGCUAUAAAGAUCCAUUCACAGAUGCAAAAAUAAGUCUAUUCGAGGCUGUGAAAAAACAGCUGAUUAAGAGAGACCAUGGCAUUUGUCUUCUUGAGGCACAGAUGGCAACUGGAGGAAUAAUUGACCCAAUUCAGAGUCACAGGCUACCUCUUCAUGUUGCCAUUAAAAAGGGACUUCUAGAUGAAGACAUGAGCAAAGUUCUGUUGAACCCCACUGAUGAUGCAAAAGGAUUUGUUGACCCAAACACCAAAGAAAACGUCUCCUACCUUCAGCUGACAAAACGAAGCGAGCGAGAUGCUGCCAGUGGGCUACUACUUCUUCCAAUCUAUGACGAGGAAUCCCCUGUGCUUCACACAGAUGAGCAAAUUCAGCUUGCAUUCAAAAACAAGACUGUUGCAAUAAAUGCUGGGAAAUUUAAAAACAAAGUUGUAACACUGUGGGAAGUGCUGCUUUCUGAAUAUAUAUCGGAACAAAAACGGCAGCAGCUUAUAAAACAAUUCAAAACGCGAACCAUAAGAAUAGAAGAGAUCAUUGAAAUACUCACAGUUAUCAUUACGGAGGUAUCAUCCAAAGAAAGAAAAUUUAAAGGAUUAAGAAAACAAGUGUCGGCCAGUGAAUUGUAUGAGUCAAAGAUUAUCUCAAAAGAGCUUUUUCAACAGAUAGUAGGAGGAGAAGUGACUGAGGAGAAUGUAAACAGCAUGGAAUUGAUACAAAAGUACCUGGGAGCUACAAACUGUAUAGCAGGUGUCAGAGUUGAAGCUACAAAGAAGGUUAUGAGCAUAUAUGAUGCUAAGAACAGAGGCCUGCUGACUCCUGGUACAUCUCUGAUUCUGCUAGAAGCCCAAGCUGCCACAGGUUUUGUCAUUGAUCCAGUGAAAAACAAGAAGCUUACAGUAGAGGAGGCUGUGGCUCAAGGGGUGGUUGGCAAUGAGUGGAAAAACAAACUGCUCUCAGCAGAAAGAGCAGUCACAGGCUACAAAGACCCAUACACCGGGGAUACAAUUUCCUUGUUUCAAGCUUUAAAGAAGGACCUAAUCGUCAAAGAUCAUGGAAUCCGUCUUCUUGAAGCACAAAUCGCAACAGGAGGAAUCAUUGACCCAGUGCACAGCCACAGAGUGCCAGUACAGGUGGCCUACCAAAGAGGCUACUUUGAUGAAGAAAUGAACCAGAUCUUGUCUGACCCUGAUGAUGACACCAAGGGCUUUUUUGAUCCCAACACACAGGAGAACCUCACCUACCUUCAGCUGGUUGAGAGGUGUGUCACUGAUCCUGCCACAGGUCUCAAUUUACUGUCCAUUGUAAAGAGAGGGGAGUUUUAUUUCUUUGUUGAUGAGGCCACAAAACUCACUCUGAAAUCCACAACAACAACCAAAGCAGGAGGGAAGUACCAAGGAAAAACUGUGUCUCUGUGGGAGUUGCUCUAUUCCAAGUACAUCACUGAAGAGAAAAGGAGAGAUCUUGUGCAACAGUACAAGUCUGGAGCAAUCACCGUCGAGCAGUUUUUGGAAAUUAUUCUGACAAUCAUCAAGCAGCAGACCACUACAUCAUCAUCAAUUGUCAUGUGCACACCACCAGAAACGAAAGUGGACAGCAGCACAACUAAGACAACCAUCACCACAACCACGAUCACAGAGACAACUCAGGAUCAAAAGUUCCAAGGAAUCAGGAAGGACGUCACAGCUACUGAGCUACUUAAAUCAAAAAUCAUCACUGAAGACCUUUACAAAGACCUUAGUGCUGGUAGGCUCACCGCAAAAGAGGUGAGUGAAAUGGACACAGUCCGUAAGUACCUCGAGGGAACCAACAGCAUUGCUGGAGUCUACCUGCAAUCCACCAAAGAGACCCUAAGUAUCUAUGAAGCCAAACGCAGAAGCCUACUGACUCCUGGCACGUCCCUGGUUCUGUUGGAGGCUCAGGCUGCCACUGGCUUCAUUAUUGACCCAGUGAGGAACAAGAAACUUUCAGUAGAGGAAGGUGUGGCUCAAGGGGUGGUUGGCAAUGAGUGGAAAAACAAACUUCUCUCAGCAGAAAAAGCAGUCACUGGCUACAAAGAUCCAUACACUGGAAACACCAUUUCUUUGUUCCAAGCCUUGAAUAAGGACCUCAUCGUCAAAGAUCAUGGAAUUCGUCUUCUUGAAGCACAAAUUGCAACAGGAGGAAUCAUUGACCCAGUGCACAGCCACAGAGUGCCAGUACAGGUGGCCUAUGAAAGAGGUUACUUUGACGAGAAUAUAAACCAGAUUCUCUCUGACCCUGACGAUGACACCAAGGGCUUUUUUGAUCCCAACACACAGGAGAACCUCACCUACCUUCAGCUGGUUGAGAGGUGUGUCACUGAUCCUCUCACAGGUCUUAGCUUGCUGGUCAUUGCAAAGAAAGGGGAGUUUUAUUUCUUUGUGGAUGAGGCCACAAAACGUACACUGAAAUCUACAACAACAACCAAAGCAGGAGGGAAGUACCAAGGAAAAACUGUGUCUCUGUGGGAGUUGCUCUAUUCCAAGUACAUCACUGAAGAGAAAAGGAGAGAACUCGUGCAACAAUACAAGUCUGGGGCAAUCACCAUCGAGCAGUUUUUGGAAAUUAUUCUGACAAUUAUCAAGCAGCAGACCACCACAUCAUCAUCAAUUGUCAUGAAGGAUGUCACAGCUACUGAGCUACUUAAAUCAAAAAUCAUCACUGAAGACCUUUACAAAGACCUUAGUGCUGGUAGGCUCACCGCAAAAGAGGUGAGUGAAAUGGACACAGUACGUAAGUACCUCGAGGGAACCAACAGCAUUGCUGGAGUCUACCUGCAAUCCACCAAAGAGACCCUGAGUAUCUAUGAAGCCAAACGCAGAAGCCUACUGACUCCUGGCACGUCCCUGGUUCUGUUGGAGGCUCAGGCUGCCACUGGCUUCAUUAUUGACCCAGUGAGGAACAAGAAACUUUCAGUAGAGGAAGGUGUGGCUCAAGGGGUGGUUGGCAAUGAGUGGAAAAACAAACUUCUCUCAGCAGAAAGAGCAGUCACUGGCUACAAAGAUCCAUACACUGGAAACACCAUUUCUUUGUUCCAAGCCUUGAAUAAGGACCUCAUCGUCAAAGAUCAUGGAAUUCGUCUUCUUGAAGCACAAAUUGCAACAGGAGGAAUCAUUGACCCAGUGCACAGCCACAGAGUGCCAGUACAGGUGGCCUAUGAAAGAGGUUACUUUGACGAAAAUAUGAACCAGAUUCUGUCUGACCCUGACGAUGACACCAAGGGCUUUUUUGAUCCCAACACACAGGAGAACCUCACCUACCUUCAGCUGGUUGAGAGGUGUGUCACUGAUCCUCUCACAGGUCUUAGCUUGCUGGUCAUUGCAAAGAAAGGGGAGUUUUAUUUCUUUGUGGAUGAGGCCACAAAACGUACACUGAAAUCUACAACAACAACCAAAGCAGGAGGGAAGUACCAAGGAAAAACUGUGUCUCUGUGGGAGUUGCUCUAUUCCAAGUACAUCACUGAAGAGAAAAGAAGAGAACUCGUGCAACAAUACAAGUCUGGGGCAAUCACCGUCGAGCAGUUUUUGGAAAUUAUUCUGACAAUCAUCAAGCAGCAGACCACCACAUCAUCAUCAAUUGUCAUGUGCACACCACCAGAAACAAAAGUGGACAGCAGCACAACUAAGACAACUAUCACCACAACCACGAUCACAGAGACAACUCAGGAUCAAAAGUUCCAAGGAAUCAGGAAGGAUGUCACAGCUACUGAGCUACUUAAAUCAAAAAUCAUCACUGAAGACCUUUACAAAGACCUUAGUGCUGGUAGGCUCACUGCAAAAGAGGUGAGUGAAAUGGACACAGUCCGUAAGUACCUCGAGGGAACCAACAGCAUUGCUGGAGUCUACCUGCAAUCCACCAAAGAGACCCUGAGUAUCUAUGAAGCCAAACGCAGAAGCCUACUGACUCCUGGCACGUCCCUGGUUCUGUUGGAGGCUCAGGCUGCCACUGGCUUCAUUAUUGACCCAGUGAGAAACAAGAAACUUUCAGUAGAGGAAGGUGUGGCUCAAGGGGUGGUUGGCAAUGAGUGGAAAAACAAACUUCUCUCAGCAGAAAGAGCAGUCACUGGCUACAAAGAUCCAUACACUGGAAACACCAUUUCUUUGUUCCAAGCCUUGAAUAAGGACCUCAUCGUCAAAGAUCAUGGAAUUCGUCUUCUUGAAGCACAAAUUGCAACAGGAGGAAUCAUUGACCCAGUGCACAGCCACAGAGUGCCAGUACAGGUGGCCUAUGAAAGAGGUUACUUUGACGAGAAUAUGAACCAGAUUCUGUCUGACCCUGAUGAUGACACCAAGGGCUUUUUUGAUCCCAACACACAGGAGAACCUCACCUACCUUCAGCUGGUUGAGAGGUGUGUCACUGAUCCUCUCACAGGUCUUAGCUUGCUGGUCAUUGCAAAGAAAGGGGAGUUUUAUUUCUUUGUGGAUGAGGCCACAAAACGUACACUGAAAUCUACAACAACAACCAAAGCAGGAGGGAAGUACCAAGGAAAAACUGUGUCUCUGUGGGAGUUGCUCUAUUCCAAGUACAUCACUGAAGAGAAAAGGAGAGAACUCGUGCAACAAUACAAGUCUGGGGCAAUCACCAUCGAGCAGUUUUUGGAAAUUAUUCUGACAAUUAUCAAGCAGCAGACCACCACAUCAUCAUCAAUUGUCAUGUGCACACCACCAGAAACAAAAGUGGACAGCAGCACAACUAAGACAACCAUCACCACAACCACGAUCACAGAGACAACUCAGGAUCAAAAGUUCCAAGGAAUCAGGAAGGAUGUCACAGCUACUGAGCUACUUAAAUCAAAAAUCAUCACUGAAGACCUUUACAAAGACCUUAGUGCUGGUAGGCUCACCGCAAAAGAGGUGAGUGAAAUGGACACAGUCCGUAAGUACCUCGAGGGAACCAACAGCAUUGCUGGAGUCUACCUGCAAUCCACCAAAGAGACCCUGAGUAUCUAUGAAGCCAAACGCAGAAGCCUACUGACUCCUGGCACGUCCCUGGUUCUGUUGGAGGCUCAGGCUGCCACUGGCUUCAUUAUUGACCCAGUGAGAAACAAGAAACUUUCAGUAGAGGAAGGUGUGGCUCAAGGGGUGGUUGGCAAUGAGUGGAAAAACAAACUUCUCUCAGCAGAAAGAGCAGUCACUGGCUACAAAGAUCCAUACACUGGAAACACCAUUUCUUUGUUCCAAGCCUUGAAUAAGGACCUCAUCGUCAAAGAUCAUGGAAUUCGUCUUCUUGAAGCACAAAUUGCAACAGGAGGAAUCAUUGACCCAGUGCACAGCCACAGAGUGCCAGUACAGGUGGCCUAUGAAAGAGGUUACUUUGACGAGAAUAUGAACCAGAUUCUGUCUGACCCUGAUGAUGACACCAAGGGCUUUUUUGAUCCCAACACACAGGAGAACCUCACCUACCUUCAGCUGGUUGAGAGGUGUGUCACUGAUCCUCUCACAGGUCUUAGCUUGCUGGUCAUUGCAAAGAAAGGGGAGUUUUAUUUCUUUGUGGAUGAGGCCACAAAACGUACACUGAAAUCUACAACAACAACCAAAGCAGGAGGGAAGUACCAAGGAAAAACUGUGUCUCUGUGGGAGUUGCUCUAUUCCAAGUACAUCACUGAAGAGAAAAGGAGAGAACUCGUGCAACAAUACAAGUCUGGGGCAAUCACCAUCGAGCAGUUUUUGGAAAUUAUUCUGACAAUUAUCAAGCAGCAGACCACCACAUCAUCAUCAAUUGUCAUGUGCACACCACCAGAAACAAAAGUGGACAGCAGCACAACUAAGACAACCAUCACCACAACCACGAUCACAGAGACAACUCAGGAUCAAAAGUUCCAAGGAAUCAGGAAGGAUGUCACAGCUACUGAGCUACUUAAAUCAAAAAUCAUCACUGAAGACCUUUACAAAGACCUUAGUGCUGGUAGGCUCACUGCAAAAGAGGUGAGUGAAAUGGACACAGUCCGUAAGUACCUCGAGGGAACCAACAGCAUUGCUGGAGUCUACCUGCAAUCCACCAAAGAGACCCUGAGUAUCUAUGAAGCCAAACGCAGAAGCCUACUGACUCCUGGCACGUCCCUGGUUCUGUUGGAGGCUCAGGCUGCCACUGGCUUCAUUAUUGACCCAGUGAGGAACAAGAAACUUUCAGUAGAGGAAGGUGUGGCUCAAGGGGUGGUUGGCAAUGAGUGGAAAAACAAACUUCUCUCAGCAGAAAGAGCAGUCACUGGCUACAAAGAUCCAUACACUGGAAACACCAUUUCUUUGUUCCAAGCCUUGAAUAAGGACCUCAUCGUCAAAGAUCAUGGAAUUCGUCUUCUUGAAGCACAAAUUGCAACAGGAGGAAUCAUUGACCCAGUGCACAGCCACAGAGUGCCAGUACAGGUGGCCUAUGAAAGAGGUUACUUUGACGAAAAUAUGAACCAGAUUCUGUCUGACCCUGACGAUGACACCAAGGGCUUUUUUGAUCCCAACACUCGGGAGAACCUCACCUACCUUCAGCUGGUUGAGAGGUGUGUCACUGAUCCUCUCACAGGUCUUACCCUGCUCCCCCUGAAAAAACUUUAAAGUUUUACAUUAAUUUCUCUGUGUGUAUGUAUUGUGGAUUAUUCCUUAAUCUUUCACUCAUUUUUCAAUAAAUACAAUUUUCUUUUUUAGUUAUAAACACAUUCCAAUAGUAGUGGGAGCUAGACAUGGGUUAUAGCAAAACUAUGAUAUUGAUAAAGACUUUUAAAAGGUUUGAUUACAGCAUGUGUGAUUGUGCAUGUUCUCAGUCAACGUGCACAAAAGGAAUUAGGAAAUGCAAAUCUUUAUAAAAUGAAUCUAAAGAUAAGUUAAAAAUAAACAGACUCAAGUUCUAGGAUGUUUAGUGGUUUGGGUUGUAGUUGUGUGUGACAUGGUAGCCUGUGAAAGAGCAUGCUGAUCUUAAACCGAUCUCAAACAUUCUAAUAGUGCCUAUUGUGAAAGAUAGGAUACUUAUCAUCGUAACUUGUUUUCAUACAGAUGGGACGAACCAGAAUCUGUUAUGAUUGACUCAAUAACAUUAUUAAAACAUGCUAUUCCCUUUAUAUGUGAAUGUAGUUUAACUGAACAUGCACUAACCGUAACUGAAAGUCAACCAUGUAUUUCUGGUAUUUUUGUAAAACCUUACCAAAUGUUUUUUCUUCAUUUUGUUCUAAUAAAUACGUAAUACUA